CUCUCCUUCCUCAAGUGGAGCGAGAAUGAAGAAUUUAGGUAAACGUAAAGUUUCUAUGAAAAUAAUUUUCAUUUCUUUCUGAUAUAGUUUGUUUAUGUAAAUCAUCCCUCUAAAAUUUUUCUAAAGUUUACCCUAAUCGUUCAAGUGGUGAUCUAUGGUGUGUUUUUCUCGUGUUCGCCAUAGAUAGCAGUUUUAUCAGUGUUUUCCUCGCGCGUUGCUCCGAGUGUUUUGAUAGUAUGUUACAACUUGAUGUCUCUCCUAAUGAAUCGUCGCUCAACGAGAAUAAGUUUUAAAUGAAAAUCGUUUCUAGAGGUCAUCUACUUAUGCAGCAAGUCUCACGCAUAAUGACACGUUUUGACCGUUUCUCUACACUCAGAAUUUCUCUUUAGUAUCUUCUUCAGGUUAUGUAGCCCUCAUUUGCACUUCAUUCUCAGUGCAUCAAUUAUGGUGUAUUUUACCGUAAAAAAUGAAAGUUGUGUUCACGUUCAACACAAUCUCCAAAGUUGUCAUCAUUCUAUGCUGUUGCUUAAUAUUCACACUCCAGUCUGGCCCUUGCGAUAAGACUCGUAAAGUUCUAACGGAUAGCAGAGGAUCCAUUUCUGAUGGACCUCCCGGCACCAAUUACACACAAGAUUCUCAUUGUGAAUGGCUAAUUAAAGCCAAAGAUCCUCAACAGUUCAUCACCCUCACAUUUUUAUCCAUGAGCACUGAGUGUUCCUAUGAUUACAUUUACAUAUAUGAUGGAGACUCAUUCAAUUCAACCCUUCUUGGAAGUUUUAGCGGAAAAAAUGAGCCAGAAAAAAUCACUGCCUCCUCUGGUUAUAUGCUGAUCCUUCUGUAUAGCGACACAAAUUACAUGUUGGAUGGUUUCACUGCAGAAUAUAUAGUGACUGAUUGUCCAAACAAUUGCUCUGAGCAUGGGAGCUGCCUCCAUCAUUCUUGCUUCUGUGAUUCAAAGUGGACAGGCCCUGAUUGUAGCAAGGAAGCUUGUCCAGAUAGUUGCGGUAAAGUCUAUGGGCAUGGAGAGUGUCGCGGCGGACAGUGUCACUGUAAUGAAGGUUUCACUGGAAUGUCCUGUAGUCUCCACCAUCUAAAUCCAGUAGAAAAUAGGUGGCACAAAUUAAGUGAUCAUGGUUUAAAACCGAGGGCAUAUCACUCAGCAGUGUACGUCAGUGAAACUGACAGUUUGUACAUAUUUGGCGGUUUCAAUCUCAAUAAAAUUUUGGGUGAUCUCAUGAUUUUUCGCCUGGCGAAUAAUCGAUGGGAAGAUGAAAAUGGCAAUGUGAUAGAAAAUGUAUCUCCAAAAUCACCAACCCUAGAUCCUCAAGAAUUAACUGCUGUUUUUUCAAAGUACGGACAAGGCAGUGUAAAAAAUGGUUUUGGUCUUCACCCUGAGGCCUUUGCAUUGAAAUUUCUAGCAACAUUCAAUGAUUCCAAUACUUUGAACGCGCUCUAUUCUAGUACGCAAAGGAGUGUAACAGCGAGAGUGAACCAAACAUCAGAUCACUCUGGUAUCCCAGUUUUGAAACCAUCUCCAAGAUAUGCCCAUGCUGCGGCAAGGUACCCUGGAGGUUUUGUUCUUUUCGGAGGUAAAUUGAAGUCAGGCUCUGUCUCAAAUGAGCUGUGGUUUUAUGAAGUAUCCGAAGGAAAGUGGUCACACAGAGCUCAAAAUUCUUCGUUUCAGCCACCAGGUUUAGCAAGGCAUACUUUAACAUUAGGUCCUGACAAUAACUUAUAUGUUGUUGGAGGAUCCAUGCUCCACGGCUAUUUUUCGUCUGCUGUUUAUCGUAUCAAGCUCUCUUCAGUUGGCGGAGAUGAGCAGUGGGAAGAAAUUAAACCUCGUGGUGGAAAAGAAUUAGACUACCGGGUUACUGGUCAUUCAACCAUUUAUCAUGCACGAUCUCAGUCAUUAAUCAUCUAUGGUGGCAUUGUGACUUAUGCCGCUCGAUUCAGCAAAUUAAGCGACAGAAUAUAUUUGUUCAAUUUACCAUCUCGCCAUUGGACAGAAGUAAAAUAUCCAAGACUGGAGCUCAAGGAUUCUUAUGUGCCCAGAGAAAGAGCGUUUCAUACUGCGUCUUUAAUUGGAAACUACAUGGUGAUAUUUGGCGGUUACACUCAUCGACAUAAUAGAGAAGAAAUCUGCUAUGACAACUCUUUGUACUUGUAUCAUCUGGGGUGUCACACUUGGGUCAGUCAUGAUAUUUUUGGAAAUCCAGACAGAGAUGCCCGCUAUCCAAAAUCGCAAGGUGUUUUCUCUCACGGAGCUGAUGUGAAAAAUGGUAACACACUAUUCAUAGUCGGUGGUUAUCAUGGGAAUGUCAACUCAGAUCUCCUAGCUUUUGUGUUUCCUAAUACACUUACUAUUCGCACUCCUGAACACCACAAUCCUGAGCAUUUGUGCGCUAGACAUCACACUCUAUCGGAAUGCACUGCUGACCCGGAAUGUGGAUGGUGCUCAGCAGAUGAGAUUUGCUAUGGUCGCACAAUUGGAAUCAACUGCACAACGAAUCUUCAAACGACUCGAUGUCCAGGAGUUUGCGCUGGUCUGACAGACUGUUAUAGCUGUCUGAUUCAUGGAGCACCUGCCUCAAGUCAGCCAUCCUCAGUUGCCCACAACCUGCAGUUAGACUCGUGCAUUUGGUGUGUUCAAAAUGCCAAAUGUCAUCAUAGGAAUGAUAAUUUUGGAAUCUGUGGUCUACAAGAAGAUACACCUUCCCAAAUAGCUGGUUGGUGGGGCUCUAAAGGGACAGAAGUUUCCAAUCCGAAGAUGUGUGCAGGCCUAGAUAAACGGCCAGGUUUUACGUUCUUGAAAUAUCACCACCCUGCCAACUAUUCCCAGCCGGACAUGGUGAUGAUCAUUAACUCAACUGCAGUUGAUAUUAGUCAGGGAAACCAAAUGACUAGGACAGAGCUCUCUCUUGGUGGAGAAAUGGUAACUCGUCUUCAAGGAUUCCUGAAACUCCCCACCACCUGGAACAGUGCCCAUGAACAUGUAAAAUUGUGUGUUUCACAUGCAUCUGCAACACUAAAAGUUAUUCAACUCAACACAGAACAGGAAAUUUUUGAGCAUUUAUUGGGAGAAAUUCCAAACUGCAAUGAAGUCAGAUGGUUUGCAGAUGCCACUGUAGGUCCGUUUCUCAUUGACCUUCAAUCACAUAAUACAGUCGCAGGUCCUUAUCUCAGUGAUUCAAGAAUGGAACUGUUACACAACAAAUCACAUGACUCACCAAAGGUUUUUACUUUUGAAUAUCUCGCUCCGUAUGAAAAAGGAACCUGCAAUGAGUAUUCCAACUGUAUGCUUUGUUUGAGUGAUGCUCUUUGCGCCUGGUGCCCUCACAACAAUAAAUGCUAUGCCAGGAGUACAAAUGAAACGUUGGAGUGUGUAAACGAAAAUGGAGAUUGGCAUCACUUCACCUUAUUGCCUUCAAUGUGUAACAACUGUAGCAACUACAUUGAUUGCGAGUCGUGCACAAACACUGAUCUGUGUGAGUGGUGGUCUGACGAUGCCCGGUGUGACCGGAGAGGAAGACUGUUUGGCGCUGUAAUUGCGGCCACUGAAUGCCCACCUGCUUGUCAUACAAGGAAGAACUGUACUCAAUGUCUAACUGGGGGCCGAUGUGUCUGGUGCCAAGCUACACAGGAGUGUUUCCUCUUUUCACUUUACACAUCAGAAUAUCAGUUUGGACUGUGCCGAGAAUGGAAAGAUCGAGGUUAUCAUGGGGCUGUAUCUUCAACUUCUAUUUCUGGAAAUGCAUCGAUUCAUAUACCACAGUGUGAUGCUUGCUCUCAGUAUACCAACUGUUCAACUUGUCUUCGCACUUUGGGAUGUGGGUGGUGUUAUGACUAUGAUAAUCCAAUCCAAGGUGUCUGCAUACCGGGUGAUUUUAGCCGGCCUCAUAUACAAUCAUGUGCAGUUGUGGUAAGUGCUGCUCACAAUGUGACAGUCUUAGAAGAUGAGGCGCGUUGGGCAUAUGCGACAUGUCCUGAUGUUGACGAGUGUGCAAUUGGUCUUCACGAUUGCCAUGAAGAAGCAAAAUGCACCAACACACAUGGCUCUUACACCUGUCAGUGUCGGCGAGGCUUUAUUGGUGACGGAAAAACAUCUUGCACUAAAACGUGUUACAAUAAAUGCAUCAAUGGUUAUUGCUCUGGUGCCCCAGCUUUUGUUUGCCAGUGUGAUCUGGGAUGGACUGGGCCAGACUGUGGUACUAAUUGCGGUUGUAACAACCAUUCAACAUGCACGCGGGGAGUUGGUAUUUGCGAUGAAUGCCAUGACUGGACCACUGGACAAUUUUGCCAACUCUGCAAAGCUGGGAGUUAUGGGAACGCAACAACUCUGGAAGGAUGUCGAGGGUGUAACUGUAAUGGGCAUGGCGAUACAUCUCUUGGUGUUUGUGACUCUACCAGUGGAGCUUGUUUCUGUCAAGACAACACUGAAGGUGAAAAUUGUGAUAGGUGUAAAAAAGGAUACUAUGGAAAUCCCAAGCGCGGAGGAACAUGCUUUUAUCAGUGUAUGGCAAGAGGAAUGUUAAGUGGGAAAGGCCCUCAAGGUCUCGGAAGUAGAUUAGCUGAAAUGACAGCCUGGGAAAGUCGUCAAGGACUACCCUCACGAGAAUGCUUGUGGAUUAUCAGCCCUAACAAUUCUGCUAAUCAGCCGGCGAUUAUACAGCUCACGAUAGACCCUGAUAUCACUGUGAGCUGUGGAGAAAAUAGUGUCUACAUUUACGAUGGUAUUCCUGAUUUUGCAUCCACUACAGGCAUUCACCAGAGGUCUGAUACUCUCGGGGUGUUCUGCACGCAGGAUAUUAAGUAUCCUGUUAUUGUUGAAGCUAAAUCAGGAAACAUGACAGUUCAUUACAAGCGGGGUGAUGGAAUCGAAGGGUUCAAUGCAACUUACACAGUCCUCAGCUGUCCUGAUAAUUGUCCGAACAACCGUGAAUGUCGACAUGGUCAGUGUUUAUGCCCUCAAGGAAUGACCGGACCUCUCUGCUCCAAUAGUAUGUGUCCGAACAAUUGUAGUGCUCACUUGAAGCAAGGCGUUUGUGAUACUGUUUAUGGAAGAUGCAUUUGCUCUCCGAAUUUUGGCGGAACUGAUUGUGGGAGUCCUAUCACCAGCUCUCAACUAACAUUCACAGAAUUAUUCAGCUCGGAACAUAUUGUAGAUAGUCUUGAACAUUGGCGAAAAAUGUUACCAAGAUUCGGUCAUUCAUUAGUAACUUCUCGGGGUCAGCUUUGGUUAUUUGGAGGCCUUUCUUUAUCCCAUGGACCACUCAAUGAUAUUCGGAUGUUUGAUACUAGAAAUAAUACUUGGAUGCAGGUCACCAUUGAUAGCACAAAUGAUGCCAACAUGCCCCAGGGGCGUUAUUUUCAUGCGGCAGCAAUCGUGCAAUCUCAAAGAGAGAUUUAUGUGUACGGGGGGCUAACUCAAAAAGAAAGCAGGCAGAAUCGCACUCUCGGAGAUUUCUGGAAAUUUGACCUGAAAAACCAGCGUUGGACAAUUGAGCCGGAGAAAGAUAACAUUUCACCACCAUCUCUUGCUGGGCACACCUUAACUUUGUACAAAGAUGGAGAAACCGAAUCUUUAAUAAUCAUAGGUGGCUAUUCUGCUAAAUCUGGUUUUCUGCGGUCUGUUUGGGAAUAUAGUUUGGCAGAAAAUCGAUGGCAACGCUUGAAUACAACUGGCAUUCGAUCUCCAGCUGUCUACGGCCAUAGCACUGUUUUCCACUCACCAACAUCCAGCUUGUAUGUAUUUGGAGGGUAUUUGUAUGAUGUAAACAAAACAAUAGUUUCUGACAAAAUGUUCGUCUUUUAUCGACCCACCAACUCAUGGUCUGUCCUACCCACCUUUGAAGAAUACCCCCUCAAGUCUCAUUUGCCUGGACCAAGAUUUUUACAUGCAGCGGUCACAACAGAUGAAUAUAUGCUGGUCUUUGGAGGUCGUCUUGGUCCAUAUCAAACAUCAGAUUCACUUUUGGCUUACUCUUAUGCUUGUAACCAGUGGAUUCGACUCCUAUCUAAGGAUGUCGAAAUAAUUGGCGCAAUCCCUAGAAACACUUAUGCACCAGCCAUGACUAGAGAUGUAGAGUCAGGAGUGAUUUACAUAAUGGAUGGCUUCAGUGGGACAGUCAGGAGCACAGUCACUAGAAUUACUUUACCAGCGGAUCUUUGUCAGCUGUGGAAAAACAAGGAAAAGUGCAGAUUGUUUCUGGGCUGCUCAUAUUGUGCAAUUGUUAGCACAGACAUCAACUAUUGUUACUCAAAUAUGGGAGUGACAGUGGACCCUUGUCAAAAUCAUAAUGGAACUCUAACCACUAGUAAUGGGGUAGUUUGUAAUGCAGAAUGGUUAACACAUCGCACUUGUGCUCAGUACACGACUUGUUCCCAAUGUUUGGCUCAGUGGCCUCAUGAAAAACGGCAAGUUUGCAAGUGGUGCUCUAACUGUGGUGGAAAAGGUCAUUGUGUAGAUGAUUCUAGUCUGUGUGAAAAAGACAGUAAGUGUCGCCAAAGAGCGAUCUCCAACCCAACUUUUUGUCCUGAGAAUUCUUGUGCUGCCUCUGAUUGCGAUGACUGUAUGUCUCUCGGAAAUUGUCUUUGGACAAGACAAAUUCUGCUAACAAUGGAUUCUGGUUCAAAAUUAUCUGCUGAACCUGUUUUUGACUGGAACUGUGCCAAUCAAGAUCUCACAGAACGAUCUAGUAUAAAAAUCAAGUCCGGUGGUCAAUGCCCUGCAAAAUGCUCCGAUCACAAAUCAUGCGAUGAAUGCUUAAGCUCUCAGGGAGGAGAAGGAGGAUGGCAUGAAUGUCGCUGGUCAACAGGUCUAAAUGAAUGUAUCUCUCCAACCGUUCAACAAAUGUACUGCACUGGGGGAACGUGCGGCCUUGUUCUUAGCGGAGGCAAAAGUGAACAUUGCCCUCAAGCUUGCGCAAGUUACACGCAGUGUGCCACCUGUUUACGCCAUGCGCACUGUGGUUGGUGCUCUCUCCACCGAGAUAACACCACUGGACAGGGUGUUUGCACUGAUGGGUCUUUGACCAGCCCUGCCUCUGGUCCGGAAAAAUCUACUUGUGACCUACUGUACUAUCAACAAGUUGAGCCAAAAACAAGUUCAGCCAUUAGCGAAAAGGACGUCUUCUCUUGGCACUAUGUCAGCUGCCCUCCUGAAAAUGAAUGCCUGAACAAUCAUCACACUUGCGAUAACGUUAGUGAGGAGUGUGUGGAUCAAGAACGUGGAUUUCAUUGCAUUUGUGGCCAUGGAUACAAGUCUAACGGAGUUGAGUGCGUUCCUGUAUGCAGUCAAGGUUGCGUUCGAGGUGUCUGCGUCAAGCCGAACCAAUGUCAAUGUGAUUUUGGAUACGUCGGUGCAAACUGCAGCAUUCAGUGCCAAUGUAACGGUCAUUCAAAUUGUGCAGGUCCGGAUCAGUUGAACAAAUGCUUGGAGUGCCAUAAUAACACUGUCGGUCCUCAGUGUGAGAAGUGCAAAUCAUAUUUUGUCGGUGACCCAACCAAUAAUGGAGAGUGUGUGCCAUGUGUUGAUUAUUGCAAUGGCCACACUCAUGUAUGUAUAAAUGAUAGUAUUACCUCCUUUCCAUUUGGUCCUGACGGCCUUGAGGCUCUCCUAGCAGAGGGUCCUACAAUGCACGCAAGGUGUGUUGAAUGUGCCAACAAUACAACUGGUGCCAAAUGUGACACUUGUGUGGAAGGAUUUUUCCGAGAAACAGAUGAUCUGCGGGAGCCGUGCAGGCCUUGUGAGUGCCAUGGCCAUGGUAGUAUUUGUGAUCCUGUCACUGGUGAGAAGUGCAAUUGCCAAAAUAAUACGGAGUCAGAUCCAAGUUGUCAGGCUAACCCAAGAUCCAACAUGAAGUGUUGGCAGUUGCAGUGUUCCAAAUGCCGAGAAAGCUUCAUGGGUACUCCGACUAAUGGUCACCAGUGCUACAAACAAAUGAGUGUCGAUCUCAAAUUCUGCCUUGACACCAAAUUAAUAGAAGACUGCAAGAUGAAGCCAAAACCUCUGUACCCUGGACAUUCUGUAUUCUUUGUUGUACAGCCAAGAUUUAUGAACGUGGAUAUCCGACUUACCGUUGAUGUAACUCAGGGAAGUGUUGAUCUGUACUUGUCUCCUCGAGAUGACACUUUCAUCGUAGAUAUUAACGCUACCUCAGGAGCACACUCCAUAUUAUUUGAUCCUAGGUUUCAGCGUCGUGGAGAAGAUAAAGAUUUUAUUGAGUCCGACAGCUCAAACUUGACAAAUGGAAAUUGGUACCCGAAUCAACCCUACAGCAUGCUAGAAAGGUCAGCCGAUAGUCUGGCAACUUUCAUAACUUUGAAUCAACGCAACACAUUCCUGAUCCUGAAGAAUCUUAGUGACAGAUUGGUCCUGACUUUACCUCAUGACAGACACGAUCUUGGCUCAACGAGAUUCUAUCUAGCUCUCGUUGCUACAGGACCUCCCUACCAAGCUGCUUACGGAACAGUUUUCUUCCGACAAGACCAGCUACAUAUUGAUCUGUUUGUAUUUUUCUCAGUCUUUUUUUCUUGCUUCUUUUUGUUCCUGGCUGGAUGUGUUGUUGGCUGGAAAGCUAAGCAGGCUGCAGAUUUACGUAGAGCGCGCCGAAGACAUGUUGUGGAAAUGUUACACAUGGCUAAAAGACCGUUUGCUUCAGUUAACCUGUUGCUACAGUCAAGUAGGCAUUCCCCCAACCACAGAAGAAGAUCACGCUACCGGCAUCCUGGAGGCCCAGUGGCUAUCGAGCCUACUGAAGAUGGACUUGCAGCAGUCAGUACUAUCUUCAUUCGUCUUCCGGGUGGUAAAAAUGCCCCUGUGAGAUUAGCCUUAGCAUCCUCUUUAAUUUUUCUACCUCGCCAAAAUCCUGUUAAUAGUAGGCCUUUCUUGAGAAGAGGGACUAGUCAUUUGUAGUUAUCAAUGUUAUUUUUGUUCCAGUUCUCAGUGACAAGGGUCUCCUAACAGUCUAAAAAAUUAGAAUUAAUAAGAAAA